AUGAGCCGGCCACUUGCAAAGGCCAUGCCCCUCAUCGGAGCUUGGGCCAGCCUUUCCUCGUCACAGAGCGCUCGCUGCGCAGGCCGCAACCAUCGGUCAAUUGCAUCCUGCUCAUUCAAGAGCAAUCGGACAUAUGGUGUUCAGCGGCCGCUGCUCCCGGCAGCACGGCUGACCGGAAGCUCAGUGUGCGGCCCACAGCGUCUGCCACUGGUAUCAAGGAGGACGUACAAAACAGUGGAGGAGGCCAAGAGCCGGCAUCGUUCAGGGCCCUUUUCCUGGAAAGCAGGCGUCCUUUUUGUAGCAACUGGUGGCGGUCUGCUGUGGUACUUUGAGCAUGAGAAGGAGCGCAUGCAGCGCAAGCGGGUGGCCGAGGCAAACAAGGGCGUGGGCCGGCCAAAAGUAGGCGGUCCGUUUGAGCUGCUCGACCAGAAUGGGCGGACGGUGACUGAUGCGGACCUCAAGGGACGCCACUCGCUGGUCUACUUUGGCUUCUCGCACUGUCCAGACAUCUGCCCCGAGGAGCUCGACAAGAUGGCUCGCAUGUUUGACCUCGUGGAAGCCGGGCAGCCCGGCGAGCUCACGCCAGUGUUUGUGACCUGUGACCCGGCACGCGACACGCCCGAGGUGCUGAAGGAGUACCUGGUCGAGUUCCACCCAGGCUUCAUCGGACUGACGGGAACCUACGACCAAAUCAAGGCCAUGUGCAAGGCUUACCGGGUUUACUUUAGCACACCAUCCCAAGUGCAGCCAGGACAGGACUAUCUAGUCGACCACAGCAUCUACUUCUACCUCAUGGAUCCGGAAGGCGACUUUGUGGAGGCCCUGGGGAGGCAGCACUCCCCCGAGGAGGCAGCCAAGGUGAUCCUGGAGCACAUACAAGACUACAAGUCUGGGCGAUGA